AAACCAACAUGGCGUCCAAACGAGUAUUGCCAGUUGGGUUGCAAUCGGCUCUUCCUGUAGGCCUUUCAGCAGCGAUGAGGGAAGAUAAAAAAAAUACCAGACCAACAAAUGUUCAACAGUUAAACGAAAUUUCCAUAACUGCACAAGGAUUACAAACGGUUGAAGAAAUUGUUAGCAAAGCGACCUAUUUGUUUCGAUGUUUGCAAGAAAAGAACAUGGUUGUGGACGACAAGUCUAAACAAGAAGCACGGAAUAACAACAAAAAAGUGCAGGAUACGUUGAAUAGUUUGAAGGAGCUAUUCUCUCGCCUGAGGGUUUUCUACGAUGAGAGUAACAGACGGAUAGAAAUCCCUAAUGGGGAAGAUUUGGAGGCUCUGAUUCCCUUGAGAACUUCAGAGGAAGAUUCUGACAUGGACACAUCCAAUGAUUCAACGGCACUUGGAAUUGAGCAUGAUACCCUUCAAGAGAAACUGAGAAGCAAGAACCAGGAAAUAAAAGAACUUAUAGAUAAGCUGAGAACUUUGAUAUGGGAUAUCAACACCAUGAUGGCUUUAAAACCAAGCUAAAGUAUCAGUUGUGCUUUAUUUGUACAAAGAAAUAGCAGCCAAUGUCCAACCAAACCCUUUCCUUCCUCAAGAUACUGAUUUUUAAUUCUUGUUAAUGUCUGCCAUACAUUUCUGAAAAUCUUACUUUUGUGAAUAUGGUGUUUAUUCAAGCACUAUCCCUUUAGUUGAUAUUUUUCAAUCUUCUCAUCACCUGACUGCUUGCUAGUCCACCAAUAUUAUAAGGAGAAAUGUAUUUUUGGUCAUUCAAGAGAGUGAAAGGGGUUACCUAUGCACUCUCAGACUUCUAAAGGAAACUGAAACAUACCAUUACCUGCAAGGAGCAUUUGAAUUUGAAAAUAAAUGGAAACCUUUAGGCAGGGUUUGCAAUGAGAAAUGUAACAGUUAAAGAAUAGUGUAAAGUAACUGGAAAAAAUCCACCAUAUUGGACUAAAACAAAAAUCAAGCCAUUAACUUUGCAUUAAAGAAUUGUUCUUUGGAGUA